AUGUCUGACUGGGGCUUCCUGAGUGGACUCUUUGGGUCCCUGCAGGCGCACUCGCCCAUGCUGGGCCGUUUCUGGCUGCUCCUCAUGCUGGUCUUUAGGAUGCUGAUCCUGGGCAUGGUGGCCAGUGACAUGUUUGAUGAUGAGCAAGAGGAGUUUUCCUGCAACACUUUGCAGCCAGGCUGCAAGCAGGUGUGCUAUGAUCAAGCAUUCCCCAUCUCCCAGUAUCGCUUCUGGGUCUUCCACAUCGUGCUCAUCUCCACGCCUGCUUUGGUGUUUCUCAUGUACGCCAUGCACCACCACAAAAAGUGGCAGGACCUUCCACGGGGUUCUGCCUCAAGCAUAUUGGAGGCAAAGCAGAAAUGGCACCUCAAACGCCUCUACAUGAUCAACGUGGGCUUCCGCCUGCUGUCCGAGAUGGGCUUCUUGGUCGGCCAGUGGUUGCUGUAUGGCUUUCGAGUUGAGGCACAGUUCCCCUGCAGUCGCUUCCCUUGUCCAUACACCGUAGACUGCUUCACCUCCAGACCUAUGGAGAAGACCGUCUUCCUGGUCUUCUACUUCGUCGUGGGAGUUCUUGCAGCUUUUUCCAGCCUGGUGGAGCUCGUUCACAUCACCCGUAAGUGGUUAAUGGCGAGCAGGGAUGAGCUGGUACCAUGGGAGGAUGUGGAACUCAAGGGAGGGACUGAUUUGCCGCAAAAUACACGGAACCUGGCGGCAGCGAGCGGUACAAGUUCGGGCAGAGCCAGGCGGCCACUGUUCUUUCCAGGGAAGAGUGGUAGAAACUACAGGAGGUCAAAAGGAACUGUACGAAACAAUGGCAGCACAACGUACUCCAGUAUCAAGAGCCUCAACAGCAGCAAAAAUCAGAAAAGUACCUCACUGGUGGUCUAA